AUACUUUGAUUGUGAAGCAGUCAAACCUGAAGUGCAGCUAGAGUGAAGAGAAAGCAGUGACUGUCUACAUUGAUCCUCAUAUAGGAUUAUCCAAUUAUAUACUGUAUACUGUACACUCAAUCCUCCACAUACUGUGUACCUGUGUAGGAGACACACUUCACACUUUCAAACCAGAAACAAUUGCACUGGCUCAAAAGCACACAAAUAAACAGAUACAACUUCUACAAAUACACACACAUACAAAGACACACUCGGGCACACGGGGAAACAAACACACCCGUUCUCUGCAAAUACAAAACUCUGAAGCACCAACUCAAGCUCCACUGUGUACGUUUUCCAUUGUUCUGAAGGGGAAUCGGUUAAAAAAAAUUGCAAUGUAAAACUGUAAAAACGUGUAUGUUCACUUCUGCUUGGUGACUUUGUCUAUUUCUGAACUCAUCAGAACAUUCACAAAACGUACAGAAUUUCCUGCAGAUGGGACUAUGUAGGGAGAUUACAUGUGAAUGGCUAUUUCAGCUGUGGCUUAGCCCAUGCUCAUCAGAGGAGGGAACCAGCUCGUCGGGAAAUAAUUUAGGAUUAGAUAGGCGGUCUAAUCUCUUUAUAGACGGUGUGCCAUCUCAGCAGACAUACCUGCCUACCUCUACAUCCACCUCAUAUCUCUUAAGAAACCGUGGCUCUCUCUUUCCACACAUCAUGGAUGAGCCCAUAGACACCAGGAACAGGUGCAUCUGCGAGUUACAUUGACAAACCUUUUGUUCACAUUCUGUGCCUUUGGGCUGUGAUUGUACAUGGAGCUGCCAAUACACACCCAAAUCGAAAUCAUACCUUGCAAAAUCUGCGGGGACAAAUCUUCAGGGAUCCACUAUGGAGUCAUUACGUGUGAGGGAUGCAAGGGUUUCUUCAGACGCAGUCAGCAAAACAAUGCAUCGUACUCCUGCCCGCGCCAGAGGAACUGCCUCAUCGACAGAACAAACCGCAACCGCUGCCAACACUGCCGCCUGCAGAAAUGUCUCGCCCUCGGAAUGUCCAGAGACGCUGUAAAGUUUGGCCGCAUGUCCAAGAAGCAACGUGACAUCCUAUACGAGGAGGUCCAGAAGCACCAAGCUCGACUGCUGGAGCAGAAGCAGCAGCAGACGGGCGAAGCGGAAGCUCUAGCGCGCGUUUACUCGUCCAGCCUAACCAACGGACUGUCCACCCUUAAUCAUGAGAUCGGGGGCACCUAUGCCAAUGGUCACGUCAUUGAGCUGCCCAAGGCUAGCCAUGGUCAUGGAGGCGGAGUCCAAGGGGGAUACUAUGGGAUGGAUUCCACCCAGCCAUCUCCAGACCAGUCAGGUUUGGACAUGUCGGGCAUUAAGCACAUUAAACAGGAGCCGGUGUACGACCUGACGCCAGUGCCCAACCUGUUCAGCUACGGAGGCUACCAGGACAAUCAGCUGGGACCCAAUAACGUCAGCAUGGGAGAGCUGGACCGUAUUGCCCAGAAUAUCAUCAAGUCCCACUUGGAAACAUGUCAGUACACGACAGAGGAGCUGCAGCAUUUAGCCUGGCAGACACACACCUAUGAAGAGGUCAAGAUGUACCAGAGCAAGCCUCGGGACGUGUUGUGGCAGCAGUGUGCCAUCCAGAUCACCCAUGCAAUCCAGUACGUGGUGGAGUUUGCCAAGCGCAUCUCAGGCUUCAUGGAACUGUGUCAGAACGACCAGAUCCUCCUGCUCAAAUCAGGUUGUUUGGAGGUCGUCUUGGUGCGGAUGUGCAGGGCCUUCAACCCUCUCAACAACACUGUGCUCUUUGAAGGGAAGUACGGAGGCAUGCAGAUGUUCAAAGCUCUAGGUUGUGACGACUUAGUGAGUGCAGUGUUUGACUUUGCCAAGAGUUUGUGUUCACUGCAGCUGACAGAGGAGGAGAUCGCUCUGUUCUCAGCAGCUGUACUAAUUUCCACAGAUCGACCGUGGCUGAUGGAGCCUCGGAAAGUGCAGAAGCUGCAGGAGAAGAUCUACUUUGCUCUGCAGCACAUUAUGCAGAAGAACCACAUGGACGAAGACGCACUGGCGAAGCUGAUCAGCCGAAUCCCAACGCUGUCCGCCCUGUGCACCCUCCACACCGAGGAACUCCAGGCUUUCCAGCAGCUACACCCAGAAACAGUCAACGUCCUCUUCCCUCCGCUCUACAAAGAACUCUUCAACCCCGACCCCAACUCUGCCAUGGCCACGCCCAAGUGACUGCCUGUGGUCCCAAUGCAACACCCGGCAUCAGCAGAGGACCAAGAAAAUAACAAGACAGCUCCGUCUGACGAGACGACACCAGCCAUGUCAACUAUGUCAUCAACGUGGCAACCACAUAUUCCUGCACUCGCCGAGCCUCAUUUCAGGCUGGAGGGUGAGGAAUCAUCUGCCAUAAACUUACAGUUACCGCCAACAAUACUAGGAAUGUCAAGCACUUACCCCAUCCUGUUCACCGAUAGUCUGAAGAAUGUAUAUAGAAAUGAAACUCGCCCCGAGCCACAACAUACGUGGGGCUUCCUCCUGUCUUCUGAACUGAACUGACUGACCAGAAAUGUACAGACUUUAAAACAACUAGAAACAAUUUAAGCUGUCAAUCUUUAAAAAGAAAUGGGUAAGUUAAUUUGUUUUAACUUUGGAACUUUUUUUCCCUUUUUUUUUCCACAUGAAGAAAUUGUGAAGUUGAAGAAGAUGAAUGGGGAAGGGAAGUGUGGAUUUAGAAAAGCUAUUGUAGAUAUUCUUCUAGUGCAGAGCGGAUUCCAGUAUUACUUCUUGUUCUGUUAAAAUAAGUUAGUCCUAAUUUAAAUAUACAGCAGUCCACUGUGGCUGACUUUACCGUGUCUAUGUGUUUUUGUUUUAUUUGAUAGAUUUGUGUGUACAUAAUUUGUAAAGUUCAGACUUGUAAAAGAAUAUUGGGUAAAACCAGUCGAUUCGGCUUUUGUGGAUAUAUAGAAGCCUUGUCUGGAUUUUGUUCAUAUGUAAAGAAGGUACUGCAUUCUUCUAAUGAGAAAUGUAAAUAUAGCAUAUGAAGGAUAUACAAAAAAAAAAUGGCUACUACUUUUCAAGGUGAAGAUAUAUACAUAAAUAUUCUAUUUUCCAAGAAAAAUAAUCUGGCAGAUUUGUCAUUUUAUCAAUCAUUUUCUUCUCGCUGCAAUAAUGAUAUCCAAUUAAAUACUGGACUGCUUUCGAACAAUCAACCAGAAACAACCAAUCAGAAACUAGGACCUCACAAUAAACCCCUCCUCUUCCCGAAUUCCCCUCACCCUGCCCUUUAUUUCUUAUUAGGGCCUUGACAUGAGAUUUCAGCAGACACAUGAGGAUAGAAAUCACAAAUGAAGAAGUGGAGGAUAAAAAUUCCACAAAAAAAGACGACAAAAUCAAGCUUGAAUUUAACUCACAGCUUUCCAAUCUUCAUAAACCUGUUUGAGUGCUGUACGCCCUCAACCCUCCCAUCACAAUUUGCACAAUUCAGUCCAUGGAUGUCAAUCCCUCCAGGCUGUGAAUAUGAAGGACCCUUUUCUCUAAAGAGCAAUAACUUUUACACUGCCUUUCUGAUCGUACUUCUCCCCUUUCCUCCUCUUCCUAUGUUCAGCUGUUCGGAACAGGGUAGCAGUUUUAACUAGAAUGCACUAUAUUUGAAUCUUGAUCAUUUAUUAUGUCGAACAAUCAUCUCAUUCCAGUACAGACGCUGCAUUGUUUCCAAUGUGACACAUAUGAUCUGAGGUUAAGAAAUAGCACAGCGCACUGACUGAAAGAUGUGAAGAGAAACUGAUUUGCCUCCAAUGAUCUUUAACACUUAAAGCUGCAAUAUUACAUUGACAAUUCACACAGGAAGCUGUGAUAGACAAUCACUUUUUUGCUUUUUUUGUUAGUCGCUCCAUGAUCAUUAGCACUUACAGAUUUACAUUUUUCUUUUCUACAUUAAUGUUAUGUUGAUUAGCAUUUGACCACUGUGUAAAGUCACCCUGCUUCAACUCAACAGUUAUACCUUCCCAGGAUGUUCUUAUCACAGUCUGGUUGCAAUUCUGCAUUCAGUCUACGAAAGAGCUUCCUUUAAAAUGAGCUAUUUACCAAAAUAGUGACCCACUACACCAUAAUAGCACAACACAAAAAAAAACACGACAAAAUGAAAAUGUUGCUGAUCUAAGACGGCACUUAGACUGUUACCUCGAACUUAAUCACUAUAAUUAGUGGACUUAUUAAUGAGUUAUUUAAGCACUAAAAAGUGAAGAUCUGUGUUAGGUUGUCUGUUAAGGUUCAUUGCACAGCGGCCAAAUCUCCAACUUGCUCACAGAGCACAGACACAUUCAGACUAGUUACACAUUCAUUAACAUUAAAAUAUUUGAACAGUACCAUUUGUAUCCUUACAUGUUUUUUCCAGAUGGUGAACAAAACUAUAUUGGCCGCAUGGAAGACGAGUUUCAAUGUUAAAGAUUAGUGAUCUGGUCACAUCUAUCUGAUCCAUUCACAGGAUCCUACCUUUGACCCCUGACCCGACCCCUGACCCGACCCCAGAUCAGAGGCCAGUGACUCUUUAAGACAAUCACUUGCUCAUUAAGGCUCGAUGCACUACACAGCAUCUCUCAGGGAAAAGCUCUUUUUCUGACUUUGCAUUAAAAGAGGGUUUAAUAUUUUUGCAAAUUUACAAAAGAAAUGUAAUUAAAAAGGAUAACUUUUUAGGAUGAAAUUGGCAUACGCCGCCAAGGUAUGCUGGUAAAGAAAUCUGCCCAGACAAGGCUUUGAUAAGUGUGUGUAUGUGUGUAUAGAGCAUGAAUUCACUGUCCAAAUCUCUUUAGAGCCCAGACUAUAUGACAAGCAUUGUUACGUAGCACAUGAAGAAAAAGAAAAUAUAUAUUUAGUGUAUGUCGGUGUGCUUUUGUCACGACUAUACAUGUGUGUUUACUGCUUAUUUUGCUGCUUUUGGGACAGCGAGGAAAGUCCACUGGUAAGCUAUGAAUCAAGCGCCAUCACAACACCCCUGGGACAGUGAAUUCCAACUCUGAAUAUGAAGUUUUUGUGUGUGAUGCUAUUAUUUUACCUUGUUAGACUGUGAAUCCGAGGGAUGGGAAAGGGUUAUGAGAGGGGAUGUGCUGGCGAGAACGAGUGGCAACGCAACACUGGAAGCAAUAAGAACUGGAGGCAUUUACUACUGUCAUAUUUGCAUUGUAAGAUUAUUUUUUCUUUUAUUACUAUUUACUAUUAUUGUUGUUAUUAUGACUACUAUUCUUCUAUUACUAUUAGCCUAUUGUUGUUCCAUUCUAUUUGCAUGACGUUUCAUUGCAAUGAAACAUUUGGGGCUUAUUUGUGUUUUUUUUCUUCUCAUGAUAUUGUGAGUUUCUUGGGAGGGAAGGGUUAUCUGCAAGGUGGGCCCACGUGGGUUGAGGGCAAAUUUCACAUCAAUUCAGUCAGUUCACAGCAAAUUCCUUUCACAAGCUGGAAGAAUUUUUUAAUAAAAUGCUCUUAUUUAUACACAACCAAUUUAAAAUGUGUUGUUCAAUUUGACUUUUUUUUCUCUCAACCUUUGAAUGUGUGAGAUAGUAAGACCAGUUAGUGAACUGGCCUUAUUGCACCGGAUCAGAGACCCUUAACCUGCAGCGGGGGGAGCGAUGUGGGGUAUCUAUUCUGAAUGUUAUGGAGUAGCCUGUUCAGUGUGAGGGGCUGAACUCAUCAUGCGCCUUUACCGCUCCAUCAACAGAGAAUGACAUCAUAGAGCGCACAAUAACACUAGACGUCAUCCUACGUGGUGACUCGGAACAAUCUGCGCAGACAUUUUUAAUACACGUGGUUUGAAAUGCAUUUCCGACACUUAGUCAAAUACACUCCAACCCAAACCUCCUCCUUUUCCUGAGAAAACCUGUGUAAGUGUGUCUGUGUGUCUGUGAGAGAAAGAGAGCGUGAGAGAGAGAGAGAAUGAAAUGUUUGCUCAACCAAUGCUUUGUAUACUUUCUUAAUGCAUUACACAUGCGUGCAAUUGGAGUAGUGUUGAAAAAUUGUUAAUUUAUUGUUUAGAAUGUCUUUGCGUCCCAGCAAGAGCAAAUAAAACUAAAUGUAGCAAUCUGUAACCGAAACCUGAAAGGUGGUUGGGCUGCGGAACCUCUUUUACACAGGACUAACAAAGCUAAAAAUACAAUAAAAUGAGACCUUUUUUUGCUGUUUUUCAAAGUGCCAUAGCUAGUGAGGAGAGCAAGGACUGGCAGAGUGAGGCGUAGAAGCUUUACUGUGUGCGUUUACUUGAGAAACCAAUCAAAAAAAGAGGACUCUGAGGAAAAUGUGUAUUUGAUUACACUGACAAACAGCUUUUACAUUUUAUGCUUUUUUCAUUUGGAGAAAGGGGAUUCUGCUGGGCUCUGAACUCUGACUCAACUAUAAAACCAUCAGCUCUUCUGUAGAUUUUAUUUUCACAUGAAAAUGAAAGCGUGUGCAUUUGCAUUAAGGAGCCACAAACCACCGCAUUGAAUAGAUCAGCAUGGGUUGAAGUUCAGAGCUAUGCAGGGCCCUUACCGAGUCCUCCUUUGAGAUGUAUCUACAAUGUGAAGGUCCGAAGUGAUUUUUGUUAAAUUCUAUAUUUUAUCGCUUUUGUAGACAUUUUGUUGUGGGAAGAAAAAAAAAUAAAAGAAAUUUUAUGGGUG